UGAGCGCGCAUAGUUCUCGCGCCCAGGGAUCGUGAUACACGAUCCGCCGCACUCGGCUAUAUCGUCGAUCGCAUAGUCGUCAUUAUCAUCAUCGGCUGCGCCGUCGUGCAGUCAUCAUCGAGUCAUUGUAGCCGAGCGCGAAGAUCCGUGUCUCGACGCGAUCUAAAUCUCUUCUCAGACGCAACAGUGACGCGAGGUCAUUCUGAUAACUGCAAUAUUUAUAUAUAGAUAUAUGUGCACGUUUGCCGUUUGAUAAUACUAUCUAACUUUUAAUAACUUUUAACGUGCCAGUAACACAUCAUUCGCAUGCGAACGGUCAGUGUUGAAUUGUGAUCAGUGCGAAUGCCGACGAAGUUCCUCUUGGUCGUUGCGUGACUUGACAAUAAAUCAUCAACGGAGGAAUAACGAGAAUUUCACCAAGAUGACGAAUACUUUGAAUACUUUGGUCCAUCUGGUCAGUCUAGCGCUUUACGCCUUCACACUACACUAUGCCUUCACCAAAUUGUACUUUCCGUUCAAAAAAUUCGAAAAAUUCGAUCCUGGUCAAUUGAAGUACUUAACAAUAUGGGAUGUGAUUCUACAAGCCAUAUUCUUCUUAAUAUGUCUCUUGAACGAUUUCUACGGCACGAAUGCCGUAAAUCCAAAGAAACCACCCUUCGUACGAAAGUUGAAGGAUUAUUUCCAUGCGAGUAUCGGAUUUCCUGUCGCCAUGUUCGUUGGCGUGACCUUCUGGGCGUUGAUGUUCGUGGACCGUGAAUUAGUAUUACCGAAAGCAUUGGACCCGUACUUUCCAUGGUGGUUGAACCAUUUAAUGCACACGAUGAUUAUGGUGACGACCGUGUUUGAAAUGAUCGUCGCACCACGACAAUAUCCCAAGCGAUCUCGCGGUCUCGGAAUACUGGUGAGCUUCAUGCUCGUGUACUUAGUUUGGAUGCACAUAAUUUAUUACAAAAGCGGGAUCUGGGUGUAUCCUGUGAUGGAUGUGCUAACGCAGCCGCUACGGAUCCUGUUCUUCGCGGUGCUGUUAAUGUUUUGCACGAUUCUAUACUUCGUCGGGGAGAUGCUGAACAACAUCGUCUGGGGUAACGAACACACUAAGCAUAAAAAAUCUCAUGCCAAAUCCAAGUAGCCUCGCCCAAGCGGGUGAUCCCUAUAACCGGGUGAUGUGAAACCAUGUUCGCGUUCUUGCCUGCCGUCUCUUUGCGGUGGUGGUGAAUAAACCAGAAUGAAAUCUUCUUUCUUUUUUUUCUACACCUCCGUUGCAGCAUGCACGUAUAUUAUAUUAUUAUAUAUUAUUUAUCGAAAGUUAAACGUGUCUCAUUUUAGAAAAUCUUUGCGUUGUAUAUGUAUGUGCAUGCGAACAUAGCGCGCAUUUAUCAAGGUAUAACUAUGGUGAGGAUCGAACCGCGGUUAACCCGGCACGAUGGAGAUAACAUAUGUAAGUGAGCGAACGCAUGUGCAAGAUGCAAUGCAUUUCUAUGUGUGAUCACGGACAAGGGAGACUAAUUUCCUGUAAGGAUGUUCUUAUUUUUUUCUUUUUUUUCGCGCGCGCGCCAAAUCAAAACACGAUACACACGCACCUUUUUUCAUAUCAAUAUUCCCCCGUCCCCUACGACAAUACUUAUUUUUGUACUUUCGUAGAGCGAGCGAUCUUAUUAUAUUGUUGUGUUUCUCUACCAAUAAAAUAAAGUUAAUGUGGUGCACGGAAAA